AUGAAUGUCAUGUACAAAGGGGUCUAUGUUCCCAUCGUAACUAACGCUGCUGCGGGCUGGGCGGACCUUAUCGGUGUCGCGGGUGGAUCUACUCUGGCAAAAUCACAGAGAAGGGUCUUUCUUGGCGUCACCAAGAUCGCUGUGAUCGCCGGAACGAUACCGGUGGACUUGGUGAUAGCGGAUAAUGUUUCGGACCGUCUCAAAGCGAGAUGGAUGGUCUUAGACCACUACGUAGUGCAGUUCCUUAGUGGACAUGGAGAUUUCCGUGCGAAGCUAAGACAAUUUGCUCUGGCGCAAGACGAGAAUUGUACUUGUGGUGUGGUGGAAACAUCACACCACGUACUCUUCGACUAUCCCAGGUUGGACUCGAGGUGGCAGUUGGAAUCACCGUUGUUGUCCUCCGAAGGCGACGACGGCAUAGAAACUAGAUGCCCGAACAUCAGGCACGUGCUCUCCGAGCAUGGAUGUUUCGGGGAGUACCUGGGUCGCAUAGGGAGGGAACCGACGACGCAGUGUCACCACUGCAGGGAGGGGCAGGACACGGAGCGGCAUGCGCUGGAAGAAUGUCCAGCAUGGUCGGCGCCGCGUCGUGUCCUAAGAGGUAUUAUUGGGAUGGACCACAUGGUUGCCGACGACAGGUCCUGUCAGGCGUUAGCCUACUUCUGCGAGGAAGUUAUGACGCAGAAGGACGCCGACCCUCUCUCCGCCAGAAAUCAAAGGCAGAGGGAAUGA